GCACGUGCCCGAACCAAGCUCUGUGAAUCGGCCAUUCUGCAAACCACCCCUGCCGACAAAGAACACGGUGAAACGAUCAGACAAAAUAACAUCAUGGCAGAAGAAGCAGGCGAGUACAACUACGAGGCAAAUGGUGAAGGAUUCGAACAGGGAACAAGUUUUGAAAACUUCAGCGGUGAUGCUGAAGCUGCAGAGCCCAUGGACGACACAGAAAAAGCCGGUGGCGAGUCUGGGGAGGCCGGGGACGACGACGAAGACGACCGUAAAUUGUUUGUGGGAAACCUGAGCUGGGAGACCGGGCAGAAGGACCUUAAAGAUUACUUCACAAAGUUUGGAGAAGUCACAAGUUGUACACUAAAAACAGACCCAGAGACGAGAAGAUCUCGGGGAUUUGGAUUUGUUGUAUUCAAAGAGCCAGUAGCUGUCGAUCAGGUAUUAGAAGAUAAAGAACACAAACUUCAAGGACGAGUAAUAGACCCAAAGAAAGCAAAUCCUAGGAGAGAAGUAAUAAAGAAAAUAUUUUGUGGAAAGGUGGAUCCCGGUGUACCAGAAAGUGACAUUAGGGAAUAUUUCGAAAAAUUUGGAAAGAUCGAGAAAUUGGACCUGCCAUUCGACAAAAUAAAGGAUCAGAGGAGGGCUUUCUGUUUCAUUGAAUUUGAGAAGGAAGAAACAGUGAAAAAAAUCAUAGAUGGUUGUCCACACAAACUUAAUGAACAAGAAAUUGAUGUGAAGAAAGCCACACCAAACAAUCAGAACAAGCGAGGAGGUCGAGGAGGUUUUGGUGCCUGGGGAGGAGGCUGGGGUGGUGGCCGAGGAGGAGGUGCACGUGGAGGCCGAGGCGGAGGCUGGGGAGGUCAAGGCUACAACAACAAUUAUUACAACAACUACAACCAAGGAUAUGGAGGAUACGGCGGAUAUGGUGGAUAUGGAGGAUACGACAACAGUUACUACCAAGGAUAUGGCGCCGGAUGGGGUGGAUAUGAUCAGAGCUAUUAUGGAAGCUAUGGAGGCGAUUAUAAUGGAGGAUGGGGCUAUGACCAAGGGAAUCAGCAACAGAGCACCUAUGGCAAAUCACAAAAAGGAGUCCGAGGGGCUGGUGGUGGGUACCACCCAUACAGCCGAUAAACAGAGUGAAGAAAGUGUCGGUUGCCAACAAACAUUGAAUCAUGUUUCAUUGCCUCAUUUAUCAUCACAUGCUGGACACUGUGUUACAUCAUUCCAAGAAGGAUACUACAGUGACAUUGAAUAAACAAUUGACUGAAAUACCAGUUUCAUUAAAUCUCAUAUUUGAUUUUUUAUUGUCUGAUCGUUGUCUUGUAAACAAUAAAACUGAAUUUUUUA